AUGAGUUGGUUUGCUGGCAAGCGCGUCUUGGCGGCGGGCAAGGAUGUCGACAGAGGCGCAUCGAACGUCGCGGUUAUCGUCGGGCCUAUCGCAGGUGUCCUAGUGCUGCUCAUCUUGGCCAUGUGGUGGUGGUGCAGGAGGCGAGAGCCGUCGCCACGAUCCUCGACGACGCCACCACAUGAAAAACCAUCGGUGGACCUUGUCGUGCACGACGACUAUGUCGAAGUGGUUGAGCAUGACACGUGCAGUCGUCCAGAAGGAGACAGCGCGGAUGGCCAAACUGUUGCCGCCGCUAUGAAGCACGUGCAAAAUGCCGACGUUGGCGGCGACGUUGACGUGGCAGCGGUGAGCAUCUUGGACGCGCACCGGUUGCCACAUCCCGUGGUGCUGCUGGAAGCCGUGCUAGGUCGAGGGACGUACGGCGAGGUUAUCUUGGGGCAUUACCACGACACACUCGUGGCCGUCAAGCGCCUUCGUCCUGACCACAACAACCCCAAGAACAUGCAAUCGCUGGUCCAGGAGAUCGAGCUCAUGACUCGGUUCCAUAGCCCGUUUCUCGUCCACUUUGUCGGGGCCAUGUGGACACACCCCGACAUGGACGACCUUCUGUGUGUGGUCGAGUACAUGGACCUGCGCGACUUGCAAUCGUACUUGGCCAAAUCCAAAGCAGGUCCAAAGAAAUCCGCGUCCUUCUCAUGGCCGCAAAAGAUGACAUGCGCGCGGCACAUGGCGCUUGCGUUAUCUUACCUCCACGACCAACAGGUCAUUCAUAGAGACGUCAAGGCGCCCAACGUGCUAUUAAACCAAUCGAUGGCCGCGAAGCUCGGAGAUUUUGGAAUUGCGAGGCAAGUGGUGGAGAAAUCCAUGAGCAACGCCGUCGGCACAUAUCGAUGGAUGGCGCCUGAAGUGCUCAAGGGAAAGUACUACUCGGUCAAAGCGGACGUGUAUUCAUUCGGGAUGGUUCUCUCCGAGUUGGACACGCACGUGGUGCCGUACUACGGCAUGACCAACCCUAAAGGCCAAGAGCUGGGCAACUUUACCAUCAUGUUUCAGGUCAUGAAUGGCGCGAUCAAGCCCGCGUUUUCACCAACGUGCCCCCCGUGGCUGCAUAAAUUAGCCCUCCGAUGCAUCGAGUUUGAUCCGACGUUGCGGCCCACAGCCCAAGAAAUUGUCCAAGAAAUUCAAGCGCAGGAGAAAUUGCAACUUUAACAGGUGUUGCCACGUCGAGGAUUUCACAAGGAUCGAGGAUAUGUCGUAGUCUAUUGGUUAAUAUUUAAGAAUUAUAUCCUAU